AUGGAAAAAUUUGUCAAAAAACUUGCGUCUACUUCAGAAAAAACAUGGAGCAAUUGGGCUAGCACUGUGAUCAAUAAUCCACAGUAUAUCUUUUUACCAAAUACACUUGAAGAACUCAAAGAUGUUGUACAAAAUGCGAAAAUCAAUGGGAAAAAGAUUCGAUGUGCUGCUCAGGGACAUUCAUGGAGUUCUUUAUCGGCCACGAAAGAUUAUUUUGUUAUUGUGAAAAAUUUAACGAAAAUUCAAGUACAGAAAAGUGAAAAGUAUGGUUGGACUAUCACCGCGGAAGCUGGUGCCUCAAUAAAACAAAUCGAUGAAUCACUUCGAAGCAAUAAUCCACCUUUGGCAAUGAAUUCAAUGACUGUAAUAAAUGUACUCAGAGCAUCUGGUAUUGUUUCCACUGGUGCUCAUGGUGCAAAAAUUCAAGGAGCAUCUAUUUCCGAUGAGUUAGUUUCAUUACAAAUUGUUACUGCUGAUGGUGAGCUACAUGAAUUCUCAGAAGAAAAGGACCCACAAGAAAUGAACGCAGCACGAGUCAGCUUAGGUCUUCUUGGAAUUAUAUAUUCAGUGACAUUUCGCGUCGAACCAUUAUUCAACUUACGUAUGAUCGAUACGUUUCCAUUAGCUACGGAUUGGCUUAAACCUGAAAUCCUUAAACAUUAUUACGAAAGUUCAGAUAGCCUGGAAGUAUUCUAUUGGCCAUUCAAUCAAGGAAAUAUUGACACCUCUAAAGAUUCGAUAUGGGUAAAACAAUGGAUUAGAACUCAAGAUCCACCAACAAUAUCACAAAAACAAAUUACCACAAAACGUCAACAGGAUGAAUCCAUUCUUAAAUACUUUUUCACUCCUAUUUAUCAACUAACGGCUAAAUAUCCGGCAAUUACUCCUAAAACAAAUUACAUGUUAUAUAAGCUAGUUCCAACAAGAAGCACAAAGGAUGAAAUAUAUGAAGCACAAGAUGCUAUUCAUUUCCAAUCUGGUCUUGAUAUUAUUCCUUUGAAUGACUUGGAAUUUACGUUUAAAGUUAACUCGGAUUUUUCCAAUGUUCACGUCGAGAUGUUAAAUAUCAUGUCAAUGAUCACAAAAUUGGCAAAACAAGGAAAAUUCCCGUUGAAUUCAGUCGCCGAAUUUAGAAUCAAUAAAGCUUCAAAAGCAUUUUUGGCUCCUGGAUAUGAUGCCGAUCCUAAUGCAAUAUAUUGCCAUUUUGAAAUUAUUACUUUUUUUGGAACUCCAGGCUGGCAAGAAAUUUCGUCUGACAUAGCCAACAGAUUGAUAGAUAAAUAUCAAGCCAGGCCACACUGGGGUAAAGAAUGGGAACACGUGCCAGGAAUAAUACCAUAUCUUCAUACGGUAUUAAGUGAUCAGGUUAAAGCUUUCGAAAUAGUUCGUGCCAAAUACGACCCAGAAAAAAUCUUUUUUGAUAAUGAUUCGUUGAAUCAGAUAUUUUAUAAAUAG